UGGUGGAUUUCUAAGGAAGCUAGGGAUUCAUUAAGAAGUCCAGUCUACAGUUGCCAAGUAAGGACACACCUGCACCUCAGGGCAGCAAACAUGAAAAAAGAGAUCAAACUUACACAAACACCAGGUGCUGAUAAAGGAGCAGACAAUUUAGAUGGAGAUGAGGACAAAAAAGAAAACAUGUUGACUGUUGGAUACUUUCAGCUGUUUCGAUUUGCCACCUGGAAAGACACUGUGAUGAUGGUGGUGGGGAGUUUGUGUGCCCUCAUACACGGUGCAGCUUCACCUCUCAUGCUCCUGGUGUAUGGCAUGAUGACAAACACAUUUGUGGCUUAUGAGCUUGAGGUCCAGGAACUGAAAGAUCCAAACAAGGAGUGCAUCAACAAUACCAUCUACUGGCAAAAUGGCUCCAUUUAUGAAACAGCUGAAAACAGCAGUGUCCACUGUGGGGUGGAUAUUCAAGCACAGAUGACCAUGUUUGCAUAUUACUACAUUGGAAUUGGACUAGGAGUUCUGUUUGUUAGUUAUUUUCAAAUUGUCUUCUGGGUGUCAUCGGCUGCAAGACAAAUUCAGAGAAUCCGAAAGACCUAUUUCCAAAAAGUAAUGCGAAUGGAGAUCGGAUGGUUUGACUGCAACUCUGUUGGUGAACUGAACACAAGGAUUUCUGAUGACAUCAACAAAAUCAAUAAUGCCAUUGCUGACCAGGUGUCUAUCUUCAUUGAGAGGAUCUCCACAUUUGUGUUUGGCUUCAUGGUUGGAUUCAUUGGUGGGUGGAAGCUGACUUUGGUGGUCAUAGCUGUGAGCCCGCUGAUUGGUAUAGCUGCUGGACUGAUGGCUAUGGCUGUGGCCAGGCUGACAGGACGAGAGCUGAGGACCUAUGCAAAGGCAGGGGCAGUGGCUGAUGAAGUCCUGUCAUCCAUCAGAACAGUAGCAGCAUUUGGUGGGGAAGAAAAAGAAGCUGAAAGAUAUGACAAAAACCUUGUGGAAGCUCAGAACUGGGGCGUGAAAAAGGGCAUGAUCAUAGGAGUAUUUCAGGGAUACCUUUGGUGCAUCAUUUUCCUCUGUUAUGCUCUGGCCUUUUGGUAUGGAUCUAAAUUGGUCAUCGACACCAAGGAGUUGACUCCUGGUAGCCUUAUUCAGGUAUUUUUUGGAGUCCUCAUGGCAGCUAUGAACCUAGGUCAGGCCUCACCCUGUCUGGAAGCCUUUGCUUCUGGUCGUGCAGCGGCAAAGACCAUCUUUGACACAAUUGAUCGGGAACCAGAAAUUGAUUGUUUCUCAGAGGAGGGUUACAAAUUAGACAGAGUAAAAGGUGACAUUGAGUUCCAUAAUGUCACUUUCUACUACCCAUCACGACCUGAAGUCAAGAUUUUAAAUGAUCUGAGCAUGCAGAUCAAAGCAGGAGAAACCACUGCUUUUGUUGGACCAAGCGGAUCUGGGAAGAGCACCACAAUCCAGCUCAUCCAGAGGUUUUAUGACCCAACGGGAGGAACGGUGACUUUGGAUGGCCAUGACAUCCGUACUUUAAACAUCCAGUGGCUCCGCUCCCUCAUUGGUAUUGUAGAGCAGGAGCCAGUGCUGUUUGCCACAACCAUAGCUGAAAACAUCCGCUUUGGUCGACCUGGAGUUACCAUGGAGGACAUUAUAUUGGCAACAAAAGAGGCUAAUGCUUAUCAUUUUAUAAUGGAACUGCCACAGAAAUUUGAUACUUUGGUGGGUGAAGGUGGAGGCCAGAUGAGUGGAGGACAGAAACAGAGGAUUGCUAUCGCUCGAGCUCUGAUCCGAAACCCCAAGAUCCUACUGCUGGAUAUGGCCACAUCAGCCUUAGACAAUGAGAGUGAAGCUGUUGUCCAGGAAGCACUGGAUAAGGUGCGCAUAGGAAGAACAACAAUUUCUAUAGCCCACCGUCUGUCCACGAUUAGGAAUGCAGAUGUCAUCAUUGGUUUUGAGCAUGGACAGGCUGUGGAGAGGGGAACGCACAGUGACCUACUGGAAAAGAAAGGUGUCUACUUUACCAUGGUCACCCUGCAGAACCAAGGCACAGCCAGCACAACUAACGAUGGUGUCAGUAAGGCUAAUGAAGAGGACUUUGAUCUGAGAGUGAGGAGUUUUAGCCGUGGAAGCUGCAGAUCCAGUAAAAGGAGCUCUGUUCGGCUACGAUCUCAGAGCAAAUUGUCAAGUGAUUUUGUCCCUGAUGCGUUAUCAGGCAGCCUCAAGAUCCAUUUGGACAAGGAGAUCAUGCCAGAAAAUGAAUGUGAAGAUGAUGAAGAUGAACAUGUAGAGCCUGCCCCAGUAGCACGUAUCCUAAAGUACAACCAACCAGAGUGGCCCUACAUGCUUCUGGGCUCGCUGGGAGCUGCUGUCAAUGGCUCUGUCAACCCUAUAUAUGCUGUCCUGUUCAGCCAAAUUCUUGGUACUUUUGCCAUCCGUGACUUGAAUGAACAGAGGGAACAAAUCAACGGGAUAUGUGUUCUGUUUUGCAUUGUGGCUGUGAUUAGUUUCUUCUCACAGUUUUUUCAGGGAUAUGCUUUUGCUAAGUCUGGAGAGUUGCUGACCCGCCGUCUGAGGAAAGUGGGCUUCCAGGCCAUGUUGAGACAGGAAAUUGGCUGGUUUGAUGACCCCAUAAACAGCCCAGGAGCUCUGACCACCAGACUGGCUACUGAUGCAUCCAUGGUUCAGGGGGCAACAGGUUCUCAGAUCGGCAUGAUUGUCAACUCGCUGUCCAGCAUUGGAGCAUCGUUCAUUAUUGCCUUCUACUUCAGUUGGAAGUUGACUUUGGUAAUCAUGUGCUUUUUGCCACUCAUUGGGCUAUCUGGGGUAUUCCAAGCGAAAAUGCUGACAGGUUUUGCAAAUGAAGAUAAAAAGGCCAUGGAAGCAGCAGGACGGGUAUCCAGUGAAGCUCUUGCCAACAUCAGGACCAUUGCAGGCUUGGCCAAAGAAAGCUCAUUUGUUGAAUCAUAUGAGGAAAAACUUGAGCUCCCAUAUAAAUCUGCCAAAAAGAGAGCCAACAUCUAUGGCCUCUGCUUUGGCUUUGCUCAGUGUGUCAUCUUCAUGGCAUAUGCUGCUUCAUUUAGAUAUGGAGGCUAUCUGGUUAGCUCUGAGGGGUUACAGUACAUGUUGGUUUUCAGAGUGAUUUCAGCUGUUGUAAUCAGUGGGACGGCACUGGGCAGAGCUUCCUCCUUCACUCCAGAUUAUGCUAAAGCCAAAACUGCUGCUGCUCAGUUUUUCAAACUGUUGGACAGAGUUCCUAAAAUCAGCACAAGUCUCAAAGAUGGAGAGAAAUGGGAUGACUUCAAAGGUGAAAUAGAGUUCCUUGGCUGCAAGUUCACCUAUCCAACCCGACCAGAUAUCCAGGUGUUGAACAGUCUGGUUGUGUCUGUGAAGCCUGGUCAGACUUUGGCGUUUGUUGGGAGCAGCGGCUGUGGGAAAAGCACCAGUGUUCAACUACUGGAAAGAUUUUAUGACCCAGAUGAAGGCACAGUGUUGAUUGAUGGUCGCCCAUCUCAUACAGUCAAUGUGCCCUUCCUGAGAGCUCAGAUUGGCAUAGUGUCCCAGGAACCUGUGCUGUUUGACUGCAGUAUAGCUGAGAAUAUACAGUAUGGAGAUAACACACGCAUCAUCAGCAUGGAGGAGAUUGAAGCGGCUGCUAAAAAAGCCUAUCUUCAUGACUUUGUGAUGACACUACCAGAUAAAUAUGAGACUCAGGUUGGUGCACAGGGAUCCCAGCUGUCAAGAGGACAAAAACAACGCAUCGCCAUUGCCCGGGCCAUUAUCAGGAACCCCAAGAUCCUGCUCUUAGAUGAGGCUACCUCUGCCCUGGAUACAGAGAGUGAAAAGACUGUCCAGGCCGCUCUGGAUGAGGCAAGAAAAGGUCGAACCUGCAUCGUCAUCGCUCACCGGCUGUCUACUAUCCAGACUGCUGACAUCAUUGCAGUGAUGUCUCAUGGAGUUGUCAUAGAGCAAGGCACACAUGAUAAACUCAUGGUCAAGAGGGGCGCCUAUUAUAAACUGGUCACAACAGGCGCUCCUAUCAGCUAAUUGUCUGCAGCCACAGAUUAUGAGCAUAUGAGGGAAAUUACUUUGUAUAUGUCUUAUUGUACAUUUGAUUAAUCUGGUGUCAUCUUGUGCUAUCACACUGAGAAAGUCUUUGAUAAGAUACUAACAUUAGAUUAGUGGACAACUUAGACAACUUAGACAACUUUUAUCAGUAGCAUAUACAGACCACAAAUUGUUCUUCUAGUUUUAAGAAUCCGUUUUGGUAAUUGUGUGGUUUAUAAUCAAUUAUGUGGGGAUAAAACUGUUUAUUGUGUAUUUAUUUCUUUAUGAGUUUAAGAGUUUAAAGAAUGAGAGUUUUUACAUGAGUUUUUCUUUGUGUUCUUUAUGAUGAUUUAAUUAAGAAUAUAAAACUGCAUUGUGUCAUUGAAAAAAAGUUUUAAGUCUACUUUUGAGAAAGUCUAAUAGAGUUCUUUUAGUAGUAGCAACUAAUGCAGUUUUUAUAACAGCACCUGACAGUGCCCAAAAAUCAUCAUCAAUCAUUUGUGUGUUGCUGUAAUGUUUAAAGCUUAUCAUUGUUCACACUUGAUUUUCAAACAUGGAAUGAACCUCUGGGGACAUAUGUGAUGAAAUACUGAACAUUACAUUACAAGAGCAAGAAUUUAAGGGUAUUACUGUGCAUGGGAUCCUGUCAUUUCAUAAUUUCAAACAAGAAUGUAUGCAUUACCUUCAGAUUUGAUUAUCAGCUAUCUCAUUCAAAAUGUCUUUCUUCCUGAUUAGUUUUCUAAACAUUGAACUGUAACGAAAUUUGGAGUGGUUAAGGUGUAGCCUGCUGAGUUGUCCUAUGUUGUUUUGCCCUCAACACCAAGCCCAUAAUAAAGUACCCAGACACA